AUUUUAAUCACUUCUUCUUUGGAACUUAAACCGUAGAACACUUUAGUGAAGAAAAAUAAAAAAAACAAAAUGCAAUUUUUUGUUAAAACUUGUGUUUUACUUGUGGCAAUUGGUUUGUCUCAUGGACGACCAAGACAUGGUGGACAUGGUGGUUACAAUAUAGACAUAUCAGGUCAAAGAGGCCAUGCACCUUUUAUAAGUGGACAAACAUAUCAUCAAUUUGACAAUGGUGUUAGAACAGAAGCUCAUGGUCAAUCUUAUGAUGGUGGUCGUCAUAAUGCAAUUGGUGGAAGUGUAGGAUAUACUCAUGAAAUUACAAAAGAUGUCAAUGUUUAUGGAAAUGCUGGAAUUGAUAGAGGCUACAAUGGAAAAACUCAACAAAACUAUGAAGCUGGCAUAGAAAUAAAAAUAUAAAAUUCAACAGCAAUUUACUUAUAAAUCCACAUGUAUAUUUUGCACAUAUUCAGUUUUUAUUUUCGUGGUUUUUCUGAAUAUUUUUUAACAACAUUAAGUGCAUAUAUAAUUUCGAAAUUUCCACGAUUAAAAAUUUUAAUUAUUCAAUAUAAAUAAUAAAUAUAUUCAAGUUUUCUUUUGUGUUUAUAAUAAAGUAUACUUGCAAAAAAUAAA